AGAGCUCAGAGCCGUCUUCAUACCCGGAAGUAGACCGCCACAACUAAAAAAUACCGGGAAAUUUUUCCGAGUUGUUUCCGAUGUCAUUUAAGAGCAUACCGUUUACUGGUAGUUAAAAGGAAGUUUGAUUUACUUUGCGGACCAACCGUCAUGGAUGAAUAUGAUGAAAUAUUUGAAAUUGAGGAUAACUUCGAGGAGCAGUUUGCCGAUGAGUUGGAUGCGCUGGCUCAGUUGGAGGAAAAAAUUUCCAAGCCAGGAAAGCGUCAGAGGCAGAAUGCAGAUGACACAACAGACAUAGAACAUCUGCUCUCUAAUCAGCCAAUCACUCCGAAGCCAAAGCGCCACAAGCAGGACACAGGUGUGGUGAAGAGACUUUUUAACUCAUCGCAGCACAAUGACAUCACACCACCAUCCUCCCCAGGGCAAAAUGAGGCACCUCGCAUCACCAGUUCUUCCUCAGCCGCCCUGGAUAUCAGUGGUUUUGCUACAAUAUCAGAGUCUCCAAGGCAACCUGUUGCCGUGGCGACGCGAUCACAUGUGCUAAAGAGACCCCCACUCGAAGGUGACUUCAUCACGAUCACUGACUCGUCAGGGAAUCGCGUCUAUCUCUGCCAGAAGGACACAGAAACAGACAAGAUCACAGAGGGCAGAAUAGUACCCGACUCUCAGGGUUCCUUGGGUCUUCUCGCUGUGCCAAUUGGUGUGCUGAGAGAGCAGGAGGCAGAGCGGCGCCACCAGGAGGUCGUAGCGGAGUCGGAGCGUCUCACAGAGCUGUUAGCCAGCAGUGUCAAUGAUGUCAUUGUUGAGCCUGAAAGUAGGGAGGAAGAAGAGGAAGAUGCCGAAGACUCAGAGGGUCGAAGCUGUCGCCUCUGGGUUGAUAGAUUUUCUCCCCGGCACUACACCGAGCUACUCAGUGAUGAUUUUACCAACCGUUGCCUGCUGAAGUGGCUGAAGCUGUGGGACACUGUUGUUUUCGGAAAAGAGAGGAAAACUCGUCCAGUGCGGCCCGAUAGACAAGCGCCCAUGCAAACUUCAUUUAAACCUAAUCAAGCUAAUCUGAAUCAAAAUCGCUUCAAGACCAAGAUGGAGAUGACUGAGGAGAUACUGGAGGCAGAAUUGGACCAUUACAAACGACCCAAAUUUAAGGUGGCGAUGUUGUCUGGUCCUCCAGGUUUGGGAAAGACCACUUUGGCUCACGUCAUUGCAAAACAUGCUGGUUACAAUGUGGUGGAAAUCAACGCCAGUGACGAUCGCAGCGCAGAGGUGUUCCAGAAACGCAUCGACACAGCGACACAAAUGAAGUCAGUUUUGGGAGCCAAUGAGAGACCAAACUGCCUAAUUAUUGAUGAGAUUGAUGGAGCACCUGCAGCUGCCAUCAACAUUCUGUUAGCAACCCUGAACAGGAAAGACGGACAUGGCAGUGAUGCCAGCACUGAAUCUACAAAGAAGAAAAAGAAGAAGGAGGCCAUUCUUCUCCGUCCAAUCAUCUGCAUCUGUAAUGACUUGUAUGUUCCAGCGCUACGACCUCUGAGGCAGCAGGCCUUCCUUCUGACGUUUCCUCAGACUCAGCCCUCCCGUUUGGCUCAGAGACUUGCAGAGAUCUCACUCCGGCAGGGGAUGAAGACGGACACGGGCACUCUAAUGUUGCUCUGUGAAAAGACAGACAAUGACAUCAGGUCUUGCAUCAACACACUUCAGUUCCUCUUCGGUCGAGGUCAUAAACAGCUCAACACCAGGACUAUCCAAUGUGUGUCUGUGGGCCAGAAGGACCAAAACAAAGGCUUGUUCCAUCUGUGGCAGGAGAUCUUCCAGUUACCUCGCACAAAACGGAAACGUAUUGGUGAGAGGUUUGAGGAUGUCCCUGGAUCAGGAGGUGGAGAUCAGAGAUUUCAGCACGUUCUUCACUUGGCCUCAUCUAGUGGCGAAUAUGACAAGGUUUCUCAGGGUCUGUAUGACAACUAUUUGUCCAUGAGAGUGCGAGAUCCCAACCUGCAAUGUGUGUGCGAUGCUCUGGACUGGAUGGUGUUUUCGGACAGGCUUAACCAUGUCAUCAUGCACGGGCAGAACUUCACCCUCAUGAAGUACCUGCCUUUCCUGUCUGUCGCUUAUCACUUCCUGUUUGCCCACCCGCACGUGCCACGCAUCAGCUAUCCACACAGCCACCACGAGGCGUCCUCUCGUCUCCUCAGCAGUAGGAACGCUUUGUCCACCAUGUUGGCCGACAUAACACCCAGCAUCAGGACCAGGGUCAGCCACCUCAAUCUCACCCUGGAUAUUCUCACGCUGCUCCUUGACAUCAUCUGCCCCAAACUGCGCCCUGUGAACCCUCAGCUGUUCAGCAGCAGAGAGAAGGAGCAGAUGCGCGAGCUGAUCGACACCAUGUUGGCCUACAACCUUUCUUACCGACAGGAUCGCACACCUGAGGGACAGUACACAUAUGUUCUGGAGCCGCGUGUUGAGGAGGCAGUGAGAUUUCCGGGCCUGCCGCCACACCGUCAGUUGACCUAUCAGGCCAAACAAACCAUCAGUAGAGAGAUGGAGCAGGAGAAAAUGAGGAGAGCCGAGCUAAUCAUGCUGCAGCGCAACCCCGCAGCGGUGAGACUCACGUCAUAUCCAAUCAUAGGACUUCUAGAUGUCAGCUGUGUGUGUGUUUUGCAGAAAGUGGCAGAGAAAAAACAGGCCGGUCCUAAGCAAAGCAAAAACCAUCAGCAGAGGUUGGAGAACAUCGUCAAACAGACCACAGUGGAAACCAGGCCGGAGGUGGAUUUCUUUGGCCGGGCUGUUGCACCCAAACCUCAGAGAGCAUCAACGUCAUUGGACACAGGUGAGAAGUGUGCCGUCCUUUCAAUGGGGAAGGCUGUGGGCAACAGUGACGUGUGGUUCCGAUUCAACGAAGGCAUGUCCAACGCCGUCCGGAGAAAUGUUUACAUCCGGGAACUCUUGUAAUGCCUCAUAAUAUCCUUCCUGUUUGGCUUUCUACUAUAUUUUCAUGAGUUCAUUAGAAUCAACAUACUUCUCGUUAAUUCUAAACAGUCUUUAUUUUAAUUGACAGUGUAAAGAGCCAAUAAAAACAAACAUCUAAAAAGCUACUCAGUGCUGUGCAUACACACACACACACACGCACCAAUCUUAAAAUAAUAGCAUUCAAGUUCUCCAAAUAAAUAAACAGCUAUAGCAGUAGUGCAUGUGUGUGUUUAAUGCUGUGUGAAUGAGUGAGUGCCCAAUAUUUAAGUUUAUUGUGCAUCCGUGCAUUGCCUGUGUGUGUGUAAAUACAUUUCUGUAUGUUUGUG